AUGCUAGAUUCAAGACUUGAAAUUCAGCUAUGUAGCUUGAUAAUGAAGAUUGUAGAAGGAGAAAGAAGUGUCGAAUAUUUAAGGAAUCGACUGUGCGAUUAUCCAGAUUUCAAUCCAUAUAAAGCAUUCGAAAACCUUUCUUUCAGAGAUUCAGGAGUUCUCAUACCAAGAGACUUCAAAGAUUACUUACUCUCCCUCCUCCGUGAGUGAACAAAAAAAUUUUGUUCGCUCACGGAGAGGGGUUAAUUUGUUUUUAAAAAAAAUUUAUAUAUAAAUUUUAUUUUUCAAAAUUUUAAAAACAUCCUAAUUCACAAAAUUGGAAACAAAUAUUAAUUUAAUUUAUAAAAUUUAUGUUUUAAAAAACGCAAUUUGUUUUAAAUUAAACAGAAUUAGCUCUAGAUUUCAUUAUAAUAAUUAUCACUUAUAUAUCAAAUUUUUUUUCAUAAAUUUUUUUUUCUAUUAAAAAAAUACGUUCACGCUGGGCUUUUGGUCAAAAAAUAAGGAUUUUUCUAAUGGUUUUGUUCACUCACGGAGGGGGAGUUAGGAGAUUAAGAUUAAGAUUAAGAUUACGCUGGGUAUUUAAGGUCCCUACUACGUCCGAGGUCGCAUGCCACGGUUUCCCGUGUGGUGGCAGAGCGUUCACCAAGCCCGGGCCGAAACCCCCGGUUUCUCGGUAGAGGUAUUGUCAAGGGCCGUCUCAUACCGGCUUUGCUGACCACCUCCAUUUCCAACUUGGAUCGUCGCCUAAGUUUACGCCAACUCCGCUUCGUCGUCCGCCAGAUCUGCCCAUUGAAGGGCACCUUUUCAACUGGAGAGACCCCCGUUUUGGUGUCUAACUCGCCUCCCCUCUUUUCCGGUCAUCCCGAGAAAGAACUCAACAGCUUUCGCCAUUCGGGGCGAGCCACUAAAGCAGCUUAGGCAGGUAAUUCACCCUGCCUCAUUUCGGGCACUCACUGGGCUGAGCGCUGCUGGCAAAAAGAAGUCACGAAUAACUGCCCAUGGGUCUGGUCGCAAAAACAGCGGCUCUCGCGCUUAGGCCUCUCGCUUCGAGGUCCCAGACGUUGUUGGGCUAAUUCCUGGCUCCAAAAACCAUGCCCGGAUAUACAUGGGUAACCACCACUGAGAGGGUGGGUCGGUCGCCAUACGCCAUUUUAUGUAUAUGGGAGUUAGGAGAUAAAAGCGCUAAAUUUUCCGAUAAUGACUUCUAUUUACUAGUAAGGCAAUACAGCUCUGGACUUAACGGACGGCUAAAUCGCGAAGAUUUUUUUCAGCUUGUGCUACCAUCCACAAAUAGCAUUUCCAGAGAUAUCGCAUUGAGUAGAAGACUUUUCUACCGAGAAACUUUCAGCUACGAAGUCAGCCUAAAAUUGUUAAUUGAAAAAGAGCUAACUUUGCAAAGAGAGCUUGAAAAUAUAAAAGCUGAUUUAUAUAGAGAGCCUGGCUAUACAGUUAGAAAAGCGUUUUUAGCGCUUGAUAAAGCAGAAAAAGGAUAUAUAAGAGAAGCAGAUAUAAUAGACUUUACAAGAAGAUUCGGGCAUUAUUUAAGCCAGAGUGAUAUGGAUUGCUUUCUUAGAAGAGUUGAUACCCAAGAUGAUGGGCUAGUUACUUUUGAAGAAUUUCUUGAUGUUUUAUUGCCUUUGCAUAGCAGCAAUCUUGGGGCUUCUGCACUCAGCAAGUCAUACCAAAACUUCGGAAAAUCAAAUGGAAGCCCAGAAAAACCAUACGAAAAUCUAAUUCCCCCUUAUAAAUAAAUUUUUUUAUUUAAAGAAAUCCCUAUUCGCAAAAAUUGGAAAGCAAAUAUUUAUUUAAUUUGUAAAAUUCAAAAUUAAACAGAAUUAGCUAGAGAUUUCGUUAUAUUAAUUGUCACUUAUAUAUCAAAUUUGAAAAAUACCUAUUUUGGCCCACCCUCCAUGAGUGGAAAAAAAUGUUUUGCUCGCUCAUGGAGGGUGAGAGUAAGUAAAUCAUAUGAAAAUUUUAAUAGGCCAUCACCAAAACAAGAAGAAAGUCAUCAGGAACCAGAAAUACCAAAAAAGAAAGAAGAGGAGCCUAUAAAGUUUAAUGGUGAGUCUGAAGAUAAAGUAGAGCAAGGAGGAGAUUCAUCUGACCAAGAUAAGAGGCUAGAAUUAAACGAAGAUUGGAUUAAUUGGAUUAAUUAGUUUUAGCGGGUCACGGAGGUUUAUUUCAGCCUCUACCCAGCGCUGCCAGCUUCAGGCUUGCGCCCUAUGCACCGGCUCUGUAGCUCACUCCAUUUUCUGUCGACGUCACCAAAAAUGGUGACGUCGCCAUCUAACAGGGAGACUCACCCAGGUACUCCUUGAUCAGGGUCUAGUGACCCGGCGCCGUCCUUUCUGGGGAGGGGGAAAAGUAGCCUCCCGGAAUCUCCUUCAGGUCCCCUAAGCUCCACUACAAGCUUCCUCACUUUCCUUCUAGUCCUGAAGUUUGACUCCUGAUACAUCGGCUCUGGUCUUCUUGUCUUUGUGAGAGGUAAAAAACCUUGUCGUGGUGUCCCGACCAAGGUAAAAAAAACCCACCCUGGACACAAUAUCCAGGCCCCGUUUACUUCUUAACCCCGUAGUCCCUGAGGGUACAGGAGAAGGACGGGUCGGAUGGCUCGCCAUUUUUAAUUGUGUGUUUAAACGAAGAAGAUUUAGACAAUUUAGAAGAAGAAAAAGAAGAUCUUUUAUCCCCUGAAAACCAAAUUUUAAGUCCAAAAUUCAAUCAAAAAGAACUCACUGUUGGAGAUCUACAAAAUAUGCAAAACUAUGAAACCCCAGAAAAAGAGUCAGAAAAUGUAUUAAAAUUCAUUAUAAAAUGUAUAUUAUAAUAAAAAGUCAGGUCCCCUUUAUUAAAGAUAUAUUAUCUCUAAUAUGUCAGCGUCAUUUCUAAAUCAAUUUAUUGAUAAAUACAAAGAGAAGCUGAGCCAAAAAAGCUUUAUUCAGAAACUUCAAUUGAAAACGAAGUUUCAAACUUUCUCAUUUUGCAGCUUCUUUGUGAGCGCAGAAUCGAAUACUACCGCCAAAACCUCGCUAUGAUGAAAGAAUUCUCUCUCCCAAAAUUCUUCGAGUUAAUCGAUAAAAGUGGCCAAGGAGAAAUCCUUAUUUCUGAUAUGGACGAAUUUUUAAAAGAUCUCGGCGUUGACCCUACAAAUGACGAUUUAUGGAUUUUAUUUAAAAGAUUUGGCAAUAAAGAUAUCGUCAUGAAGCUAUCGCUAGAUGCCAUAAAAGACAUCAUAAACCCUAAAGCUGAAGAAUACCAAUUCAUGACGGCUGAAAAAGAAGACUGGAGCUUUUCAGAAGAAUGUUUACUCCCCCCAUCCGUGAGCAAACAAAAAAAUUUUGUUCGGUUAAAUUUUUUUUUUUAAAAAAAUUUAUUAUUAAAUUUAAAGAAUUUUUUUUUUUUUCGAAAUUUAAAAAAAUCUCACUUCUGAAAAUUGGAAGGCAAAUAUUGUAAAAUUUAUGUUUUAAAACGAAAUUUGUUUUAAAAUUACACAGAAUUAGCUCGAGAUUUCAUGAUAAUAGUUAUCACUUAUAUAUCAAAAUUUUUUCCAUAAAAAAUUGUUCUAUUAAAACAAAUUUUUGUUUGCUCGCAGAGGGUGGGUUUUUGGGGCAAAAAAUAAGGAUUUUUUAAUGGUUUUGUUCACUCACGGAGGGGGGGAGUUAAGAAAAAUCGUAGAGCUUUUUGCUGUUAUUUUUGAUACUGAAAGAAAAAUUGAGGACAAAAGAAAUGAACUAAAUUCAUUGCCUGACGCAGAUAUCGGGAUGAGAUUUAAUGCAAUUGAUGCUGAUGGGGAUGGAGAAAUAAAUGAUAACGACUUAAUGGCUGCUCUUGACAGAGUAGGAAUCCAAACUACUAGUUUUGAUAGGAAAUUAUUGCUAGCUAGAUACUCAAAUAGCUUGGAAAGAAAUAUUUCCCUUGAAGACUUCUCAAAAGAAGUCCUCCCAAUUAUCCCUAAUGAUGAAGAUGCUUUUUAA